AUGAGACAUCUCAAUCCACAGUGCCAGCGAGCGGGUGAGGAGGAGAAGAGUCGCAAGGACCAUGAGGAGAAGAGUCACAAGGGCCACGAGGAGAAGAGUCACAAGGGCCACGAGGAGAAAAGUCACAAGGGCCACGAGGAGAAGAGUCGCAAGGGCCACGAGGAGAAGAGUCGCAAGGGCCACGAGGAGAAGAGUCGCAAGGGCCACGAGGAGAAGAGUCGCAAGGGCCACGAGGAGAAGAGUCACAAGGGCCACGAGGAGAAGAGUCACAAGGGCCACGAGGAGAAGAGUCGCAAGGGCCACGAGGAGAAGAGUCGCAAGGGCCACGAGGAGAAGAGUCGCAUGGGCCACGAGGAGAAGAGUCACAAGGGCCACGAGGAGAAAAGUCACAAGGGCCACGAGGAGAAGAGUCGCAAGGGCCACGAGGAGAAGAGUCGCAAGGGCCACGAGGAGAAGAGUCGCAAGGGCCACGAGGAGAAGAGUCGCAAGGGCCACGAGGAGAAGAGUCCCAAGGGCCACGAGGAGAAAAGUCACAAGGGCCACGAGGAGAAGAGUCGCAAGGGCCACGAGGAGAAGAGUCGCAAGGGCCACGAGGAGAAGAGUCGCAAGGGCCACGAGGAGAAGAGUCCCAAGGGCCACGAGGAGAAGAGUCGCAAGGGCCACGAGGAGAAGAGUCGCAAGGGCCACGAGGAGAAGAGUCCCAAGGGCCACGAGGAGAAAAGUCACAAGGGCCACGAGGAGAAGAGUCACAAGGGCCACGAGGAGAAAAGUCACAAGGGCCACGAGGAGAAGAGUCCCAAGGGCCACGAGGAGAAGAGUCACAAGGGCCACGAGGAGAAGAGUCGCAAGGGCCACGAGGAGAAGAGUCGCAAGGGCCACGAGGAGAAGAGUCGCAAGGGCCACGAGGAGAAGAGUCCCAAGGGCCACGAGGAGAAAAGUCACAAGGGCCACGAGGAGAAGAGUCGCAAGGGCCACGAGGAGAAGAGUCGCAAGGGCCACGAGGAGAAGAGUCGCAAGGGCCACGAGGAGAAGAGUCCCAAGGGCCACGAGGAGAAGAGUCACAAGGGCCACGAGGAGAAGAGUCGCAAGGGCCACGAGGAGAAGAGUCGCAAGGGCCACGAGGAGAAGAGUCCCAAGGGCCACGAGGAGAAGAGUCACAAGGGCCACGAGGAGAAGAGUCACAAGGGCCACGAGGAGAAGAGUCGCAAGGGCCACGAGGAGAAGAGUCGCAAGGGCCACGAGGAGAAGAGUCCCAAGGGCCACGAGGAGAAGAGUCACAAGGGCCACGAGGAGAAGAGUCACAAGGGCCACGAGGAGAAGAGUCACAAGGGCCACGAGGAGAAGAGUCACAAGGGCCACGAGGAGAAGAGUCGCAAGGGCCACGAGGAGAAGAGUCGCACGGGCCACGAGGAGAAGAGUCGCACGGGCCACGAGGAGAAGAGUCACAAGGGCCACGAGGAGAAGAGUCACAAGGGCCACGAGGAGAAGAGUCGCAAGGGCCACGAGGAGAAGAGUCGCAAGGGCCACGAGGAGAAGAGUCGCAAGGGCCACGAGGAGAAGAGUCCCAAGGGCCACGAGGAGAAGAGUCCCAAGGGCCACGAGGAGAAGAGUCACAAGGGCCACGAGGAGAAGAGUCACAAGGGCCACGAGGAGAAGAGUCACAAGGGCCACGAGGAGAAGAGUCGCAAGGGCCACGAGGAGAAGAGUCACAAGGGCCACGAGGAGAAGAGUCACAAGGGCCACGAGGAGAAGAGUCGCAAGGGCCACGAGGAGAAGAGUCGCACGGGCCACGAGGAGAAGAGUCGCACGGGCCACGAGGAGAAGAGUCACAAGGGCCACGAGGAGAAGAGUCACAAGGGCCACGAGGAGAAGAGUCGCAAGGGCCACGAGGAGAAGAGUCGCAAGGGCCACGAGGAGAAGAGUCGCAAGGGCCACGAGGAGAAGAGUCCCAAGGGCCACGAGGAGAAGAGUCCCAAGGGCCACGAGGAGAAGAGUCACAAGGGCCACGAGGAGAAGAGUCACAAGGGCCACGAGGAGAAGAGUCACAAGGGCCACGAGGAGAAGAGUCGCAAGGGCCACGAGGAGAAGAGUCGCAAGGGCCACGAGGAGAAGAGUCGCAAGGGCCACGAGGAGAAGAGUCCCAAGGGCCACGAGGAGAAGAGUCACAAGGGCCACGAGGAGAAGAGUCACAAGGGCCACGAGGAGAAGAGUCACAAGGGCCACGAGGAGAAGAGUCGCAAGGGCCACGAGGAGAAGAGUCACAAGGGCCACGAGGAGAAGAGUCACAAGGGCCACGAGGAGAAGAGUCGCAAGGGCCACGAGGAGAAGAGUCGCAAGGGCCACGAGGAGAAGAGUCGCAAGGGCCACGAGGAGAAGAGUCCCAAGGGCCACGAGGAGAAGAGUCGCAAGGGCCACGAGGAGAAGAGUCGCAAGGGCCACGAGGAGAAGAGUCCCAAGGGCCACGAGGAGAAAAGUCACAAGGGCCACGAGGAGAAGAGUCACAAGGGCCACGAGGAGAAAAGUCACAAGGGCCACGAGGAGAAGAGUCGCAAGGGCCACGAGGAGAAGAGUCGCAAGGGCCACGAGGAGAAGAGUCGCAAGGGCCACGAGGAGAAGAGUCGCAAGGGCCACGAGGAGAAGAGUCCCAAGGGCCACGAGGAGAAAAGUCACAAGGGCCACGAGGAGAAGAGUCGCAAGGGCCACGAGGAGAAGAGUCGCAAGGGCCACGAGGAGAAGAGUCGCAUGGGCCACGAGGAGAAGAGUCACAAGGGCCACGAGGAGAAAAGUCACAAGGGCCACGAGGAGAAGAGUCGCAAGGGCCACGAGGAGAAGAGUCGCAAGGGCCACGAGGAGAAGAGUCGCAAGGGCCACGAGGAGAAGAGUCGCAAGGGCCACGAGGAGAAGAGUCCCAAGGGCCACGAGGAGAAGAGUCGCAAGGGCCACGAGGAGAAGAGUCGCAAGGGCCACGAGGAGAAGAGUCCCAAGGGCCACGAGGAGAAAAGUCACAAGGGCCACGAGGAGAAGAGUCACAAGGGCCACGAGGAGAAAAGUCACAAGGGCCACGAGGAGAAGAGUCGCAAGGGCCACGAGGAGAAGAGUCGCAAGGGCCACGAGGAGAAGAGUCGCAAGGGCCACGAGGAGAAGAGUCGCAAGGGCCACGAGGAGAAGAGUCCCAAGGGCCACGAGGAGAAAAGUCACAAGGGCCACGAGGAGAAGAGUCGCAAGGGCCACGAGGAGAAGAGUCGCAAGGGCCACGAGGAGAAGAGUCGCAAGGGCCACGAGGAGAAGAGUCCCAAGGGCCACGAGGAGAAGAGUCACAAGGGCCACGAGGAGAAGAGUCGCAAGGGCCACGAGGAGAAGAGUCGCAAGGGCCACGAGGAGAAGAGUCCCAAGGGCCACGAGGAGAAGAGUCACAAGGGCCACGAGGAGAAGAGUCACAAGGGCCACGAGGAGAAGAGUCGCAAGGGCCACGAGGAGAAGAGUCGCAAGGGCCACGAGGAGAAGAGUCCCAAGGGCCACGAGGAGAAGAGUCACAAGGGCCACGAGGAGAAGAGUCACAAGGGCCACGAGGAGAAGAGUCACAAGGGCCACGAGGAGAAGAGUCACAAGGGCCACGAGGAGAAGAGUCGCAAGGGCCACGAGGAGAAGAGUCGCACGGGCCACGAGGAGAAGAGUCACAUGGGCCACGAGGAGAAGAGUCACAAGGGCCACGAGGAGAAAAGUCACAAGGGCCACGAGGAGAAGAGUCGCAAGGGCCACGAGGAGAAGAGUCGCAAGGGCCACGAGGAGAAGAGUCGCAAGGGCCACGAGGAGAAGAGUCCCAAGGGCCACGAGGAGAAGAGUCACAAGGGCCACGAGGAGAAGAGUCACAAGGGCCACGAGGAGAAGAGUCACAAGGGCCACGAGGAGAAGAGUCACAAGGGCCACGAGGAGAAGAGUCGCAAGGGCCACGAGGAGAAGAGUCGCAAGGGCCACGAGGAGAAGAGUCGCAAGGGCCACGAGGAGAAGAGUCCCAAGGGCCACGAGGAGAAGAGUCACAAGGGCCACGAGGAGAAGAGUCACAAGGGCCACGAGGAGAAGAGUCACAAGGGCCACGAGGAGAAGAGUCACAAAGGCCACGAGGAGAAGAGUCACAAGGGCCACGAGGAGAAGAGUUUAGAGGGGCACGAGGAGAAGAGUCACAAGGGCCACGAGGAGAAGAGUCACAAGGGCCACGAGGAGAAGAGUCGCAAGGGCCACGAGGAGAAGAGUCACAAGGGCCACGAGGAGAAGAGUCGCAAGGGCCACGAGGAGAAGAGUCGCAAGGGCCACGAGGAGAAGAGUCGCAAGGGCCACGAGGAGAAGAGUCGCAAGGGCCACGAGGAGAAGAGUCACAAGGGCCACGAGGAGAAGAGUCGCAAGGGCCACGAGGAGAAGAGUCGUAAGGGCCACGAGGAGAAGAGUCGCAAGGGCCACGAGGAGAAGAGUCGCAAGGGCCAUGAGGAGAAGAGUCACAAGGGCCACGAGGAGAAGAGUCACAAGGGCCACGAGGAGAAGAGUCACAAGGGCCACGAGGAGAAGAGUCGCAAGGGCCACGAGGAGAAGAGUCACAAGGGCCACGAGGAGAAGAGUCACAAGGGCCACGAGGAGAAGAGUCACAAGGGCCACGAGGAGAAGAGUCGCAAGGGCCACGAGGAGAAGAGUCACAAGGGCCACGAGGAGAAGAGUCACAAGGGCCACGAGGAGAAGAGUCGCAAGGGCCACGAGGAGAAGAGUCGCACGGGCCACGAGGAGAAGAGUCGCAAGGGCCACGAGGAGAAGAGUCGCAAGGGUCACGAGGAGAAGAGUCGCAAGGGCCAGGAGGAGAAGAGUCACAAGGGCCAGGAGGAGAAGAGUCACAAGGGCCACGAGGAGAAGAGUCACAAGGGCCACGAGGAGAAGAGUCGCAAGGGCCACGAGGAGAAGAGUCACAAGGGCCACGAGGAGAAGAGUCACAAGGGCCACGAGGAGAAGAGUCACAAGGGCCACGAGGAGAAGAGUCACAAGGGCCACGAGGAGAAGAGUCGCAAGGGCCACGAGGAGAAGAGUCGCAAGGGCCACGAGGAGAAGAGUCGCAAGGGCCACGAGGAGAAGAGUCGCAAGGGCCACGAGGAGAAGAGUCGCAAGGGCCACGAGGAGAAGAGUCGCAAGGGCCACGAGGAGAAGAGUCGCAAGGGCCACGAGGAGAAGAGUCGCAAGGGCCACGAGGAGAAGAGUCACAAGGGCCACGAGGAGAAGAGUCACAAGGGCCACGAGGAGAAGAGUCACAAGGGCCACGAGGAGAAGAGUCACAAGGGCCACGAGGAAAAGAGUCGCAAGGGCCACGAGGAGAAGAGUCGCAAGGGCCACGAGGAGAAGAGUCACAAGGGCCACGAGGAGAAGAGUCACAAGGGCCACGAGGAGAAGAGUCACAAGGGCCACGAGGAGAAGAGUCACAAGGGCCACGAGGAGAAGAGUCACAAGGGCCACGAGGAGAAGAGUCGCAAGGGCCACGAGGAGAAGAGUCACAAGGGCCACGAGGAGAAGAGUCGCAAGGGCCACGAGGAGAAGAGUCGUAAGGGCCACGAGGAGAAGAGUCGCAAGGGCCACGAGGAGAAGAGUCGCAAGGGCCAUGAGGAGAAGAGUCACAAGGGCCACGAGGAGAAGAGUCACAAGGGCCACGAGGAGAAGAGUCACAAGGGCCACGAGGAGAAGAGUCGCAAGGGCCACGAGGAGAAGAGUCACAAGGGCCACGAGGAGAAGAGUCACAAGGGCCACGAGGAGAAGAGUCACAAGGGCCACGAGGAGAAGAGUCGCAAGGGCCACGAGGAGAAGAGUCACAAGGGCCACGAGGAGAAGAGUCACAAGGGCCACGAGGAGAAGAGUCGCAAGGGCCACGAGGAGAAGAGUCGCACGGGCCACGAGGAGAAGAGUCACAUGGGCCACGAGGAGAAGAGUCACAAGGGCCACGAGGAGAAAAGUCACAAGGGCCACGAGGAGAAGAGUCGCAAGGGCCACGAGGAGAAGAGUCGCAAGGGCCACGAGGAGAAGAGUCGCAAGGGCCACGAGGAGAAGAGUCCCAAGGGCCACGAGGAGAAGAGUCACAAGGGCCACGAGGAGAAGAGUUGCAAGGGCCAUGAGGAGAAGAGUCACAAGGGCCACGAGGAGAAGAGUCACAAGGGCCACGAGGAGAAGAGUUUAGAGGGGCACGAGGAGAAGAGUCACAAGGGCCACGAGGAGAAGAGUCACAAGGGCCACGAGGAGAAGAGUCGCAAGGGCCACGAGGAGAAGAGUCACAAGGGCCACGAGGAGAAGAGUCGCAAGGGCCACGAGGAGAAGAGUCGCAAGGGCCACGAGGAGAAGAGUCGCAAGGGCCACGAGGAGAAGAGUCGCAAGGGCCAUGAGGAGAAGAGUCACAAGGGCCACGAGGAGAAGAGUCACAAGGGCCACGAGGAGAAGAGUCACAAGGGCCACGAGGAGAAGAGUCACAAGGGCCACGAGGAGAAGAGUCACAAGGGCCACGAGAAGAAGAGUCACAAGGGCCACGAGGAGAAGAGUCACAAGGGCCACGAGGAGAAGAGUCGCAAGGGCCACGAGGAGAAGAGUCGCAAGGGCCACGAGGAGAAGAGUCGCAAGGGCCACGAGGAGAAGAGUCGCAAGGGCCACGAGGAGAAGAGUCACAAGGGCCACGAGGAGAAGAGUCACAAGGGCCACGAGGAGAAGAGUCACAAGGGCCACGAGGAGAAGAGUCACAAGGGCCACGAGAAGAAGAGUCACAAGGGCCACGAGGAGAAGAGUCACAAGGGCCACGAGGAGAAGAGUCGCAAGGGCCACGAGGAGAAGAGUCGCAAGGGCCACGAGGAGAAGAGUCGCAAGGGCCACGAGGAGAAGAGUCGCAAGGGCCACGAGGAGAAGAGUCACAAGGGCCACGAGGAGAAGAGUCGCAAGGGCCACGAGGAGAAGAGUCGCAAGGGCCACGAGGAGAAGAGUCGCAAGGGCCACGAGGAGAAGAGUCGCAAGGGCCACGAGGAGAAGAGUCACAAGGGCCACGAGGAGAAGAGUCACAAGGGCCACGAGGAGAAGAGUCGCAAGGGCCACGAGGAGAAGAGUCGCAAGGGCCACGAGGAGAAGAGUCGCAAGGGCCACGAGGAGAAGAGUCACAAGGGCCACGAGGAGAAGAGUCACAAGGGCCACGAGGAGAAGAGUCACAAGGGCCACGAGGAGAAGAGUCACAAGGACCAUGAGGAGAAGCCAGAACAGCAGAGGGAGGAGCAGAGACACAAGGCGAUAAAUGCAGUUAAAGGAGACACACUCCUACUUGACUUUGAAAUACACUCCUAUUAG